UUCUCCUCUUACAUCAUCACCCACUAGAGAGAGAGAGAGAGAGAGAGAGAGAGAGAGAAGAGAAGGAGAAGGAAAAGGAGCAUGGAUGCUGCUGAAGCUGCUUCUAAUGGCAGAUUGGAUGGGUCUCUGCCCUCACCUUCGCAAAAGGGUCUAGAACCGAUACAUGAAGGGAUUGCGUGUAUAGAGACUAGUGGCAAACCCACAAAUCUCACUCUCCAAAUACCUUCUAAAUCUGUAAACAUCAGUAACAGCCCAUUUAUGGAAAGGCACAUCCCGCAGCAAGGAUUAUGCAGAGGUAGUUCAUCUUCAAGUGGUUUUGUACGUGGGCUAAGCUUCAAAAACAAAGCAGCCACUCCCGAUGGUGAGCGAAGCUCCCUCUUAAAUCCAGAUCUUAACUCUAAGUCAGAGUGCAAGGUAGCACCUGAUAAUGCUAUGCUUGCAAAUUUUGCACUGUCAUGGAAAAGGUGUACGUCAAUGCCCGCAACAUCAGCACCAAUCCUAUCUCCUUCUCCGAAGGAAAAAAUAGCCAGUGACCAACAUUCUUCACAGAGACGGGUGAAGAAGGUGUUAAGGUCAUUGUCUGUACCCAUGCGGAAUAUUGUUAUUGUGAGAUCUGUAUCACUCCCUAUUCAAACUGAAAUUGCAAGUCCACAUCCUCCAGAUGAUCAUAUAAUGCCGGAAAAUGUGGAAGAUGAUGAUGAGGAAAUUCCUGAAGAAGAAGCUGUUUGUAGAAUUUGUUUUGUUGGAUUAAGUGAAGGAGGAAGCUGGCUGAGGAUGGAAUGCAGUUGCAAAGGUGAUCUUCGGCUCAUGCACGAAGAAUGUGCAGUGAAAUGGUUCAGCAUAAGAGGGAACAAGAAAUGCGAGAUUUGCGCUCAAGAGGUUCUUAACUUGCCAGUUACAUUGUUAAGGUUGCAAAGUACUGCUCAAAGGGAAAUUGCCCAACAACGCCCUAGUCUGAAUUCGAAUUCAAAUACAUUCUUAUCUAGAAGUUGGCAGGAUAUGGUGGUUUUGCUCUUGAUCAGCACAAUGUGUUAUUUUUUCUUCCUCGAGCAACUGUUGGUCAGUGAUCUGAAAUCUCAUGCAAUUAUGAUAGCAGCACCAUUUUCUUUAACUCUAGGCCUGUUGGGUUCUAUUUUUGCGAUCAUUUUAGCAUCCAGAGAAUACGUAUGGGCAUAUUCAGCAUUUCAGUUCUCACUUGUCGUCGUAUUCCUUCAUUUCUUUUAUACCAUGAUAGAACUAAGACCAGUCUUUGCAAUUCUAUUUGCAUCAUUUGCCGGUUUCGGAAUAGCAAUGGGGGUAAAUUCGGUUUGUCUUCAGUUCCUUGCGUGGCGAGUUCGGGUUUUACAAGCUCGGAUGAUAUCGAACCCAGUUUAAAUGGAAGCAAGACAGAAGAGUGUGCUCACAAGACGUCGACGACUUUUUUGGUUGUACUAGUAUCUUGUAUGUAUCAUGUAUGUAUGUAUAUGGGGAGUAUGGGAAAAAAAAAACAGCUGAGUGUGAACUGAAGCCGGAUUGAAAUAUCCAUCAAUUUGUGUUA